UUAAAAACAUUAGCAGUGACAGUGGCAAGCAUACAGUGAAACUCAAGUGGUCAAUUUAGUGUAGUGUCCAAUUUACCCGACAGAGGAAUGAAUUUAAUAUAGGUGUCCGAGAAAUGAAACGGAAAAGGUGUAAUAGUACCUCAGGCGUCGCAUGGUGACGUGUGUCUCGCUCUAACCAUGUCCCUAGACGACGUCGCCACUAUGCGCUACGUACUCUUCUGUCUUCUGUCCUUAUCUUUCAAUAGGAACCUCGCGUUUGUGCUCGACAAACAAAACCCAUAUUCGCAGUUCCGUAAAUGGAACGCGGGGUUGAAUGGCACACUCGAAUUGGAAUUUAAAACUGACCAGCCCAACGGUUUACUUUUGUAUACGGACGAUGGUGGCACUUACGACUUUUUCGAACUAAAAUUAGUGAAUGGUGCGUUGAGAUUAAGGUACAAUCUGGGCGGCGGGGCUCAGAUUAUAACGGUCGGGAAUAAUCUCAACGAUGGACACUGGCACAAAAUUCAGGUGGCGCGUCGUGACGAGCACACGUCACUCACGGUGGACGAAGCUACACAGAGCAAAACGUCCAGAGGCAAGGAGUUCGCAUUUGGAAAAUUCAACACCAAUUCCGACGUCUUCGUUGGAGGAAUACCGCCAUCAUACAAUGUAAAACUGACAACCCUAGCGUUACCUUCAGUGAUAUUCGAACCGAAGUUCAGGGGAUCGGUCAGGAACCUGGUGUAUUCUGACGGACCUGGACAUCCACCCAGGAGACAGGAGUUACGGCAUUCCAGGGAUUUAAAGUCAUCCCGCACCAGUAACACGAGUGGGGAUGCCUGUGAGCGACGUGAUCCCUGCCAGCACGGUGGUGUGUGCAUCAGUACAGAUGAUGGACCAAUCUGCGAGUGCCGGGACGGUGAUUAUGAAGGAGAAUACUGCGAAAGAGACAAAGCGCCUUCUGAAGCAACAUUCCGUGGGGCCGAGUUUCUCUCUUACGACCUCACUCAGACGGGCGGGGAACCUAUAGUCAGUACUCAGGAUGCAAUAUCGCUAUACUUCAAGACUCGUCAGCCUAAUGGACUGCUCUUUUAUACCGGUCACGAAGCCGACUACCUGAACCUCGCGGUCCGGGAUGGUGGCGUCUCUCUCACCAUGGGACUUGGGAAUGGGAAGCAAGAGAUGCAUAUCAAGCCAUCAAAGAUAAGAUUCGACGACCAUCAAUGGCACAAGCUGACAGUGCAUAGGAGAGUGCAAGAGAUAACGCCGCUUACCAGCUUUUGUAGGGUGUCAGCCGUGGUAGAUGAUGUCUAUCUGGAACAUUCUCACGUAGCUGGUUCCUUCACAAUGCUGGCGAGUUCCAGAGCGCAUGUUGGAGGCUCGUUGAAUGCGAGGGCUUUACCUGGUGCAAGGGUCCACAACAACUUCAUUGGAUGCUUAAAGAAGGUGGAAUUCUCAGCUGACACGCUACGUCUGAACCUCAUCGAUCUUGCAAGAACUGGAAGCAAGCUGAUUACAGUCACUGGUCGACUGGAGUACGCCUGCACUGCUAUCGACUCGGGUGAUCCUGUAACAUUCACCACUAGAGAUGCGCAUUUGAUCUUGCCGAAAUGGGAGGCUGUCAAAUCAGGAACAAUCUCUUUCAAGUUUCGAACCAACGAGCCCAACGGUCUGAUUGUCUUCAACAUGGGCGCUAAACCACCAAGGGCGGAUCUGUUUGCAGUUGAGAUGUUGAACGGCUACGUUUAUGUUCAUGUCGAUCUGGGCUCCGGUGGUGUGAGGGUCAGAGCUUCUAGGAGGCGAGUCGAUGACUCCCAUUGGCACGACUUCACGAUGAGAAGAAGUGGACGAGAUGGAAGGGUGACGGUGGAUGGCGCUAAUGCCGAGUUUAAAACUCCUGGUGAAUCGAAUCAGUUGGAACUAGAUGGGCCCCUAUUCGUGGGUGGUUUAGGUUCAGAAUACUCUGCCUCGAGGACGCCCCCAGCUGUUUGGACGGCAGCCUUGAGACAAGGGUUCGUAGGAUGCCUUCGAGAUCUGGUGUUAAGUGGAAAGCCACAAGAUCUAAGCGCCUACGCUCGGCAACAGGAUUCAGCAGCAGUCCGCCCAGCUUGUCAUGUGAAUCCGAAGUUUUGCGUCAAUUCUCCAUGUCAGAACGGAGCUGAAUGCGCUGAAGGUUGGAACAGGCCUCUGUGCGAUUGUUCCACUACAAAUUAUGGAGGUCCAACUUGUGGUCGAGAGUCUCCAACCAUUUUUCUCAAUGGCAGCCAACACCUCACAGCGUCACUAGGACCUGAACACAUCACGCAGACAGAGGAAUUAAUGUUACGGUUUAGAACUAAUCGAGCUGGGUUACUAGUACGGACAGCAUCGGAACAUUCAGCUGAUAGGAUUGAAGUGGCGGUUGCUGCAGGAAGAGUCCGAGCUAGUGUAAGGCUGGGAGAUCGUGAGAAGAAUCUAUUAGCGGGUACGAACGUGGCAGAUGACAAUUGGCACACGGUUAGGUUCUCACGACGAGCCUCAAAUUUAAAGCUGCAGGUGGAUGGGGCGAUGCCAGUACGCGGUAUGUUAUCUGAAACAAUAUUAGGUAAAGCUUCCACAUUGGAAAUAUCAACGUUACAUCUAGGAGGCCUUUAUCACCCAGAAGAAGAAAUACAGAUGACUUCAACUUUACCAAAUUUUGUGGGUUAUAUGCAGAAGUUUGUAUUCAAUGGAAUAAGAUACAUAGAUCUGUCAAAAACUUUAGGCAUUGGUAGUGAUGACGAAACCAACCAUAUAUAUGACACUUCUAAUAUAAUAUUUACUGGGAAAUUUAUGAAAGCCGAUGCUUUAAAUAUUUAUAAAUCUGUUACUUUUAAAUCGAAACAUACGUAUGUAGGUUUGCCAUUAUUGAAAGCGUAUGGUAGUACAUAUCUAGAUUUUUACUUCCGUACAACUGAAAUGGAUGGUCUAUUAUUUUACAAUGGUGGAAAGAAACAAGAUUUUAUAGCUGUGGAGUUGGUAAAUGGUCAUGUUCACUGUGUGUUUAAUCUUGGAGAUGGUGUUGUUACUAUGAAGGAUAAGUUGAAGAAUUUCCUGAACGACAAUAGGUGGCAUUCAGUAUCUAUUAGACGACCAACGCCGAAAAUACAUACUUUGCAAGUCGAUGAAGAUUUGGAAAUGCACACAACGGGUUCAAAUUUAAUGUUAGAUUUAGACAGUAUUCUGUUUGUGGCUGGUGUACCGAGGGAUAUGUACUCUUCAUUACCUGUAGGAGUGAUAUCUCGACAAGGGUUCGAAGGAUGUAUUUCAAGUUUAGACUUACCUGGAGAAUCUCCUUCAUUGACCGAUGACGCUAUUGUGCAAAGUUCUUCUAUAGCAUCUGGAUGCGAGGGUCCAACAAAAUGCACGCACAAUGCGUGUUCAAAUAAGGGUGUAUGUGUGCAACAAUGGAAUACAUACGUUUGUGACUGUGAUCUCACCUCCUUCACCGGACCCACGUGCUACGAUGAAUCAAUAGCAUACGAGUUUGGUCCAGGCCGAGGUAUAAUCACGUACACAUAUCCGACCAGUUCCGUGGUAGAUACUGAAACGGAUAAGGUUGCUCUUGGAUUUGUUACCAGUAAGGCCGACGCAGUUUUGCUAAGAAUUGAAUCUUCCAACACCCAGGAUUAUAUGCAGAUGGAAAUUAUUCGCGGCAACUUAUUCAUGGUUUAUAACGUUGGCGGUGGGGACCAUCCCCUCGGUGAUGAAGCAGCAAGGGUUGACGAUGGAGCAUAUCAUGUAGCCAGGUUCACAAGAAACGGUAGUAGAUCUGCCCUGCAAUUGGAUAACUACGCUGUUAAUAUUAGACAACCUCAAGGUGGUCAGCCGUCUACUAUCUUCAACAGCAUGUCGACCAUCACAGUGGGCGGCGGAGCUGGCGGCUCCCGAACGUUCAGUGGUGUGAUGGCCGGUUUAGUGGUCAAUAGUGUGCGGGUUCUAGACCUGGCCGCCUCUGGUGACCCCACAGUGUCUGUUAGAGGCGACGCGAGGAGAGCUCACACUCCGCUGGAUAGGGACAUUAAUAGAAUGCAGCAGGGUGACACCAGUGGUAAAUUGAUGAAGCCUUGCGACGACGAAGACUGCAUUGAGGGAUCAGGAUCUAACGGUGAAGAAAUCACUGAACCAGAGCAUCCUAUGACAACAUCCGGAGCAAGUAGUACACACAGCAUGACUUCACCGACUGUGUCCAUAACGCCCACCGAACAUAUAGACAAGUCUCUCGAAGGUUCUACAGAUGCAGCAACGGAUACUACAGGGGGUAGUACAAAAAGUAGUACAGAUACGCAAACUACAUUACCCGAUCAUGAUAAUAUGCACGCUGGCACUGUUGAUAGUGCAAGUACUCCUGAGAGAAGAACAACACCGACGGAUGACCACACCCACACACACCAUUAUACCCCAACACAAACAGGCCGACACACACCAGAGGAUAUGACGCAUACCACAGAAGAAGAUACAAAUCAUAUACCGGAAUACGAAGAUAGAAGAGAAAAUGAGAUAGAAGGAAGAACUCCGACAUAUGAGAUCGGUAUUGGGAGUGAACUAGAGAGAUCAAGAGGACGCGGACAUCAAGAUUACAAUGGAUACGAUAUAACAACAAAGUGGUAUCAACCAAAGACAACGGACAACAGAGUGGUGCCGCCGGAAUCAGAGUUCUUUGCAACAAUAGUUGGUAUCGUAGCUUCAGUGUUAAUAGCAAUAAUUCUGAUCGUGAUCAUCGUGCUCAAGUAUAUUGUGUUCAAACUACCCUCAUACAAGGUAACAGAGGACAAAAGUUACCAACAAGGUGCUAGUGCUGCGCUGCUUGGAAAUCAGGCACAUUCGAGUUAUCAGAGUGGGGCAUCAAGUGGGAUGACUGGUGGCGCAGUAAGAAACCUGCAACCAUUACCGUUGAACAGAAAUGGUACAGCACCGACCGCUCCACUCCCAACGCAGCCGGUCAAACGCGACGGUAUCAAAGAGUGGUACGUGUAAGCAAUGUGAUGACUUCAUAUCAAAGACAGUAGAUUUUAAUGAGUGAGUGUAUUCCUUAGUCGCUUGGACCCUCGAUGACCUCGCAGACACCGAUCUGGAGAUUACAAUGUCAAUAUGAGAUGUAUAAACAACGUUGAUGCUAUAAAUGGAAAAGGACGCGUGUUUGUUGAUAUAUAAGCAGAUAUGUUGCUUUAUGAAAUAUAAGAUGAUAAUGUAAGAUGAAGUACUGACUGACUCGCAAGUGUUUAGAAUUGUAAAUAAUAAUUAUUGUAAUGUUAUAGUGAAUCACUUGUGCGAGCGGAGUUGCAAUUUUAAUUCAAUAUGUGAAAUUAACGUUAAUAAAAUCUGGAAUUGCAUUUAACAAACUGUGUGUAAUAUAUUAUUAAUAUAGGAAAACAAAUUUUUAUCCGAAUAACUUUAUGGUAAAUAAGUGUAUUUGCUUCCUAGGUUCUAGAAAUAAAGAAAUAAUCUAAUUUUAUUAGGGAAGAUGAUAUAAAGUUAUCAUCUACAGUAAUUAACAAAUUUAAAUAAAGUUUGUAAGCAUCGGUCAGUAAGAGCACGGAUACCGUGAGUACUAGGUGUUGCGAUUUUGCG